AUGUAUCUUCUGCUGCAAUACUGUCUGGCAUGUUCGUUGAUUGUGGGAUGUUUUGCACAGAGCUGCUCAAACAAGCACCCCAACACGGAGGAGUGCGAUAAAUGGGCGGCAGAAGGCGAGUGCCAGAUAAACCAAGCCUGGAUGCCAGAUAACUGUCGGAAGUCGUGUCGCUUGUGCGUCGAGUGUGAAAACAUCCACAACACUCUUGAGUGCGACAACUGGGCGCUCAGCAACGAGUGCUCGCUGAACCCUAAUUGGAUGAUCCCCAACUGCCGGAAAUCCUGUAAGAAGUGCGCGGGAGAUGGCGGCGGUGGAGACCGAGCGUGCAAUGACAACAACCAGUUGUGCGGAGUGUGGGCGCGUGCAGGCGAGUGUCAAAUCAACCCCGGCUACAUGCUUCGUUCGUGUAAGAAGACAUGCUUCAUAUGCUAGUUGUGGUUGGAAAAUAAUUAUUGACGUAUAUCAUGUGGUGUUUGCUAGUUCAGGCAAGACAAUUCGGGCCUAAUCCCUACAACGUAUGUUGCUACUUCUAAUCCUAAAAGUUACGGUAUAGAUAUACAAGUCUUGAGAAUAGUACAUACUGUAUGUGGCUAUUUUGCAUUAUUAUUUGUCAAGAUUAGACACAAUGAACUUUGUUUUAUAAUAAAGUCAUUAAUUGGUUAUUCAAUUUAUUCAAAUCUGUGUAUAUAAAUUUGUUAAAC